AUGACUAACAGUUUACUAACAUUCCUAAUUUCCACAAAGUCUCCAAAGACUAUGGGAUCUUACAAGUAUCUGAUGGCAUUCAUGACGGGGUUCGAGUUGGUGUACGCAUUGAUUGACUUGCUUAUCCAGCCGCACUUCGCGAUGGAUGAAAAUCAGAAAACUUGUCAUAUCUGCUAUAAACCUUCAAGAUUAUUCAAUUAUGGAGUUCCUUGUUGCAACGCUUGCAAAAUGUUUUUCCGUCGAGUAAAAACAUUUCGAACUCCGUUGAGAGAGUGUGAAAACAAUGAGAUCUGUUACAAAAAUGCUGAUGAAAUCUUCUAUUACGAUUGUAAAUCAUGUCGUUUUCAACAAUGUAUUCGAGCAGGAAUGAUCGAAAAUCAAGAGAAAAUUCGAUUUUUCGAUAUAAUCCCCAUAUUGCAUCAACUGGAAAUUGAGAAAAGAAAUAUUCUUGAGAACUAUGAAGCACCGUUCAAAAAUAUAUCUUUUGAAGAAGUUACUGAUACUGAACCUAUCCAAUUCAAACCGAAAUCAUUGGAUACUCGAUUUAAUUCCUAUGAUUAUGCGUUUAUGACUCAUACUUCGACUUUCGAUUACUUGAAGAAAUUGGAUUUUGUGAAAAUGAUGACGUCAUCUGAUUCAAAGGCAUUUCUCAAAAGUUCUUAUCUGAAUUGUGCUAUAUUUUCGACGGCAAUGCAUUGCUAUUCUCAUAAAAUGGGAUUUAUCACAUUUCCAGAAGGAAUUGAUAUAUUCCCAACUGAUAUUGAUAUUAUUCCCAUACAUUUUCCACGAUUAGAGCUUGGAAUCAAAUGUCGAAUGAUCGAUGUUCCGAACAUGUCUGAAACCGGUCUUCUACUAUUGAACUGUCAUCAAAAAAUGUAUUCUUCCCUCCUGCUGAAAUAUUGUCAAAUGACUUAUCAACACAAUGCACCUUCUCGUUUCAAUGAUUUGUUAUCCAUCUGCCAUGUUAUCUCAAAAACUCGUCAAGACACAAGUAAUGUCACUCUAAUUUUCCAAAUCUAUAAACCCGGUAUGAAGUGGAGAGACAUGUUCAAGGGCGCAAUCGACUUUUUAUUGAAAUGA